GAAUUGUCAAAACUUUAAAGAUAAGUUUUAUAAAUCUGCAAUAGAUGUCCAAACAACUUUUUCUACAAUAACACUUUUAAUCACAAUUAUGAACGUAUCUAAAAGUGAGGACACGGGUCUUGAAAAUAAAUGGAGCAUUCUCUACAAUGAGACAGUCGAAGACAGCUGCAAAUUACAAGUUGUUCGUGAGUAUUUAAUUUGCCACACAUGUUCAAUUUUAUGAGUAUUUAGACAAUAUUUAUGCAAAAGAAUCGACAGCAUUACAAGUGCAAUGUUAAUGCUUAUUGAAAACAUAUAUUAGUGCACAUGUUAAGGCUUAUUUGUAUUAUUUAUGUUUCUGUUUGUAGUGUUCUCAUCCAUAAAAAAUACCACAUCAAUUGUUACUAAUGAAAAAUAGUAAAAUUAUUCACAAUGUGUAUUUAUUGAUUGUAAUUUACCAGAGAGACCUGAAUACUUAUGCUGCCAAUACAAGGUGUCAAUAAAUUUUCUUAAUGUAAGUUGCUGGACUUCACAAAUGUCAAUUUGGAAGACGUGUACAGCAAAUAUAAAAUUAUUUAAGGUAAGAACCGAUUGUACUGACUUAUAUUAUGAUUAUAUGUACCAAUUUAUUAAAAGUAAGAGUCUAUUAUUGUUUCCAAGAAGUAUAAUGUAUUUAAGAGUUGUUGCCAUUUAUUAUCAUACAAGGAUUCCCAUUGGGAUGCAAAUAACACACAAAUGGCAGUAAACACAACUAUUGAAAAAAUAUACUACACAUCUGAAUGUUCAUUUGAGCUAACAAUAAAUGAAAGUACUUCUG